GUGAAACGAACAAUGCUAAACAACAUAAUGCCAGUGUGUUAUCAUGAUGCUAACCAGGCCCGUGUUUGUAUUUGUGCUUCUUCGUAGGCUCAAGUGUGUGGUUUCAACAGUUCAGAUCUCGGACUACAAAGACCACCACCAUCAGACAGGUGCCAAUAAGAACAAAAAGAUGGCUGCUGCCCAGAAGCAUGUGCUGCGUGUGUAUGUUGCACGAGACACCGCCCUGAAACUUAUUCUACUCGAGCGACCAAAGUCGGUGGAAGAGCUGAAAGAAAUAAUGCAAGAGAGGUUCAGGCCGAGACUGGAUGGGGACUUUAGCCUGCACUAUGAGGAUCCGGACUUUGAUGGUGAACUUUGUCUUCUUGUGGACAUCCAGGAGUUACCAGAGAAGGGCACAUUGAGAGUCAUCAGACCAGAAGGUGACACCUCAUCUACUGCAUCUUCUGACACAGACAUACUUCCACAUGUACCUGCCAUACAGCGCCAGAGGAGUUGGCCUGAUCACUUUGUUGUUCCUAGUUUUGGUUACGAAAUGGAGCAUAUACUAGAAGAAGGAAAUCGUGUUUAUGAAGAAUCAGGAAAGUUGCUAAAGUUAAAGAGGUCACAGAAGAGUGAAAUCCUUAAAAAAAUGGCAGAAACUAUCUAUGGUUUCAAACCAUACCCACAUGAAAAGGAACUGGCAAUGGCUGCUCAAGCUUUGAUAACAGCUCAUCCAUGUCUCAGAAUGACAGCUGGUGAAGACGGGGGUUUGGGAUGGAAGCGUCACAUAGGGUACAAGGUCGCGUCUUACCGUAACAAUCUGGCCAAAGCUGGGGUUGCAGAAGUAGCCAUCAACACAGGGAGGCGGAGCCGAAACAACCCUGACAAUGAUCACCCCCAUCGAAACAUAAAGAAAGCUCGAAAAGCUGAGGUCAACUACAUCAUCAACCUACCGAAGGAUGAAACCCCAGCCACUCUAGAAGCAAUGAGAGAAGAAAUCAUGCAUGAAGUCGAAAAGACUGAGAGAAACCAAUUAGUCAUAGGCAAGCUCAUGAACACAACCUAUGCCCUUCGUCGCCAAGAAAUCGUUGGAGCUCUUGUAGCUCCACAGGUGAAAGACGUCAUGGACAGAUGGCCAGCCCUACGUAUGGAGUCACAGGUGUUUGCAGAGUUCCACAGAAUCAAUAAUGUUAACCUGCGUAAUCAGUUCUACAAGGAGCUGGACAGACACACACCUAAACUCAUCACCUUGUUCAGAGACAAGGCCACAAAGACUGGCAAGAUAGCGGAGCAGCUAACCAAGCUCAUGAGGAUUUAUGACCUUCAGGAACAACGUGAUGUAAAUUUGAGACGGGCCCUUGUCCUUCGUGCACUUCCUGUGUACUUGCGUGAAGAUGCCUCCAAGUUCUUCAGGACCUGUAAUGUAAGUGUACUGGCCUCACUAUCAGUCCUUUUGCCUUGCAGUUCAGUCAGCUUAAACAUAUGACAUCACUCAAAGAACUCUAGGAGAACCAGGAGGGUAUUCCAGAAAGCAGGUUAUGUGAAAACUCAAAGUGAACAUUGAGAUGAGGGAAACUGUGAGUUAUCAAUUCCAGAGGGAUGUUCCAGAAAGGAGGUUCAACAAACUCUUAGCCUAACCCUGACCUCUGAGUUGACUGACCCUUUGACAUGAAACUCUUUUCAGUUCCAGAACAGCUGAUCUGAGUGAGGUGAGUUCUGGCCAA